AUGGUGUUUUUUUUCGGGCUCCUUUUUUCGCAUGGAAUCGGCGCUGCCUCAAUCAUUUUCGUGAUCGCGUCGAUCGUCUCGUUUUGCCUUAAAACCCAUCCGUCGCUAAGAAUCCCGACGCUUAUCGUUUCGCAAAUAAACACGAGCAUGCCGACACUUGUCUCAAAAGUGGUCACCAGGCCACAUCCCUAUUUUUUCUAUGUGGAAUUGAUGUGUAACAUGUGGUUCUCCGCUGAAUUUCUACUCCGAUUGCUUUGUUGUCCAAAUAUUCCAUCUUUUAUUCGAAAUCCGAUUAACAUCAUCGAUCUAAUCGCGACGAUUUCAUUUUAUGUCGAUUGGACAUUAGAUACGGCUUUGAGUAACAGAGACUCAGUCGAAUUUUUCUCAAUCAUUCGUAUCCUUCGUCUCUUCAAAUUGACUCAACACUCACUGGGACUCAAAAUUCUCAUCGCUACAUUCAAAGCCUCAGCUCAGGAACUUUUCUUAUUGGUUUUCUUCGUUUGUUUGGGAAUUGUUAUUUUUGCCGCCUUGGUUUAUUAUGCCGAACGACUCACUUAUAAUCCGGGUAAUCAAUUUGACUCGAUCCCCGUCGGCCUUUGGUGGGCGGUGAUCACGAUUUGUACGAUUGGAUUUGGAGAUUUGGUCCCAAAGACAUGGCUUGGCAUGGCGGUGGGAUCAGUGUGCGCGUUGAUGGGCGUGUUGACGAUCGCUUUGCCCGUGCCUGUUAUCGUCUCCAACUUUGCCAUGUUUUAUUCCCAUGCACAAGCCAGAGCAAAACUGCCAAAGAAACGACGUCGAGUGCUGCAGCCACACGAAAUCAAACCAAUAGUAGGAAGACAGACAACAGCGGCAUUGCUUGGCCAGCUUGCGCCGAACAAUAACAAUGGUUCAAUCAAUUGUCACACUGCUCCACUUCUCGUUUGCCCACAAAAUACAUUACCAAUGAAAAAAUCACCAACUUCUGGUAAAGCGAAACAAAUGUUA